AUGACGAACACCGCAGAUAAUGUUUCUUCAAGCAAUUCGAAACCAGCAAGGGUAGAACCGGGUGGCAACCCACCGUCAAACCCUAACAAAGCCAACUCAUCGGCAACUGCAACUCAAAAGUCUGACAUUGGGUUCUUACAGGACUCUCGACCACAUAGUAUACAUCAUCAUCCCGAAGAUCCUACUUAUGUGAGACAUAAUGGCCGUGGAUUGCCUCCAGCCACGCUGAGCAUGGGCGGCAUGAGGUCCGCGCUACCCGGCUACCGAGCCGACACUGUUGUUUUUGACCGGCGUGUGAUGCCACAGCGCUUUGUGCCUACAGGGCCUGGUCAUGGAGUGGUAUACUCAUCAAUGCACCCUUUACCAUUGUUCCUUGAGACAACACCGAACAUGAAUAUGCCUGUCCAUAACCCGUUCUCUCAAGCAUAUUCACUUUACUCACAGGAGCAGCAGCAGCAGCAACAACAAGAACAUAUGCCAUCUCAGCAUACUGGGCCUGGGUAUCAGCCGCUAGGAUACAGCUCACCAACACACUUGGGAAUCCCGCCAGCCGAAUACGGGCAAAUUUAUUAUGCUCCGCCUACGUAUGUGGCAUCUCAUGGACAUAGUGCAGUUCAGGCGAAUGUGACAAUCCAUUUACAUCAAAAUUGCCCAUCCAAAAAUACCCAAGAGAACUUUGCUAAAGCAUCAACAACUCUUUCAAAAGGGUCCAAGUCUCGUACCCCAGAGUCGGGCUAUGAUGUCUCAAAGACUAUCGUGGACGGGUCAACUCCAAUGAGAUCCACCCAAACUCCGCCCUCCGCGAUGGGUAAGCAGAAAAGGGAGAACUAUGCCGCAGAUUUAAUGGCUCAUGGUUCCCCUUUAUCACGGACUGAUAUUCAUUUGGGUGGUACAGCUCCACACCCAAUCAACCUUACCCGCCCCAUAACACCGCGAGGACCACCAAGGAAGCCAAAGCAAUCUGGUCAUGCUUUAUGGGUUGGCAAUCUACCCCCCGGGACAGAUAUCAAUGAACUGAAAGACUACUUCGCACGGGAUGCCACUAAAGAUGUUGAAAGUGUCUUUCUCAUAUCGAAAAGUAACUGUGCCUUUGUCAAUUACAAGACGGAGGUGGCCUGCCUUGCAGCACUAUCGAGAUUCCACGACACAAGGUUCCAUGGAGCACGUCUCGUCUGUCGACUGCGUCGAGAUUCGAUAUCUUCUGCCCCGCAGCCCGAUUCAUCGAGUUGUUCAUCUCAAGCUGAGAACGGUGCUGACGCUAUACACAACGAACAGAAUGAAAGUAUGCUGGUGAAAAAGAUCGUUGAUAGUACAUAUUCGAGUCCUCGAAUGCCAAACAGAUAUUUCAUUGUCAAAAGCCUGUCUAUGGAUGAUCUCGAACUGAGUAGACAAAGUGGGAUCUGGGCAACGCAGGCGCAUAACGAGGGCGAGUCUUACAUUCAAAUGAAGGUGGAAGGCGACACAAAGAAGAAAACUGCUGAUAAUGUCUACCUUGUCUUUUCCGCCAAUAAGUCUGGCGAGUAUUAUGGGUACGCUCGGAUGGUGUCGCCAAUCCAAGAGGACGACGGCUUGAUCAUGGAGAUGCUGCCUCGCCCCAACCACAUCCAGGCCGAGUCCGAGGACUUAGAUUUGACACCAACUCCAGCGACGUCCACCGCCCCAAAUGGACGGAUCAUCAACGAUCUUGCGCGGGGAACUGUGUUCUGGGAAGCAGACUCAUCGGAAGAUGAAGGCGGAAGAAAGAUUGCUAAGAGCGUCGCGGAGGUAGCCGAGGAGGUAGCAGAGUCGGGCUUCCAGUCUAUCGGGAAGCCGUUCCGGAUCCAAUGGCUUUCAACAGAACGAGUCCCUUUCUACCGCACACGUGGUUUGCGGAACCCCUGGAACGCAAACCGAGAAAUCAAGAUUGCCCGAGACGGCACAGAAAUUGAGCCGGCUGUCGGGGAGAGGCUUGUGCAGCUAUUCCACACACCUUACGUUGGGUGA